AGGGAAUUACACCGCUAGGGCCUGUUCUACCCUGUUCCUGCUAGUCUACACAGCAAGGCAGGCCAUGCUGGAGGGGCCACUGUUUGCAGGAGACUGAGUGAGCUGCCUGCUAAUGGGGCUGGGCCACCCUGUGCUGCUCCCUAGAGGCUGGACAAGGCUGGGAUUGUUCCCUGGCUCCCCCUUGUCUCCCCACUCUCCGCCCAGUCCUGGCCCUCCUCCCCAGCCACUCUUCUCCCUGUCAGCUUGGCUGGCAGGAGCCUGGGACUCCACCUGAAGGAGCCCUGGGUUGCAGAGCCACCAGCCGAGGAGCAGCCCAACAGCUCUGGGUCAACGUGGAGGUGCCAGGCCACCAUGCUCAGCCUCAAGCUACCCCAACUCCUUCGAGUCCACCAGGUUCCCCGGGUGUUCUGGGAAGAUGGCAUCAUGUCGGGCUACCGGCGCCCCACCAGUUCGGCCUUGGACUGUGUCCUCAGCUCCUUCCAGAUGACCAACGAGACGGUCAACAUCUGGACCCACUUCCUGCCCACCUGGUACUUCCUGUGGCGCCUCCUAGCGCUGGUUGAGGGCCCUGGUUUCCGCGCAGAGCCCUACGACUGGCCAUUGCUCAUCUUCCUGCUGCCCGCCUGCCUCUAUCCCUUCGCGUCGUGCUGCGCGCAUACCUUCAGCUCCAUGUCGCCCCGCGCGCGUCACAUCUGCUACUUCCUGGACUACGGCGCGCUCAGCCUGUACAGCCUGGGCUGCGCCUUCCCCUAUGCUGCCUACUCCAUGCCCGCCUCCUGGCUGCACGGCCGCCUACACCAGCUCUUCGUGCCCGCCGCCGCGUUCAACUCCUUCCUGUGCACCGGCCUCUCCUGUUAUUCCCGGUUCCCAGAACUAGAAAGUCCUGGGUUCAGUAAGGUCCUCCGCACAGCUGCCUUCGCCUAUCCCUUCCUGUUCGACAACCUUCCACUCUUCUACCGGCUGGGGUUGUGCUGGGGCAGGGGUCACAACUGUGGACAGGAGGCACUGAGCACCAGCCAUGGCUACCACCUCCUCUGUGCAUUGCUCACUGGCUUCCUCUUCGCCUCCCACCUGCCAGAGCGGCUGGCACCUGGACGCUUUGACUAUAUCGGCCACAGCCACCAGCUAUUCCACAUCUGUGCAGUGCUGGGCACCCACUUCCAACUGGAGGCGGUACUAGCUGAUAUGGGAUCACGCAGAAUCUGGCUGGCCACACAGGAACCCCCGCUGGGUCUGCAGGGCAUAGUGGCCACACUGGGCUUGGCAGUGGCUGGGAACCUGUUCAUCAUUGCCGCCUUCACAGCCUCCCUGCUUCGGGCCCCUGGGACCUGCCCUUUGCUGCAGGGUGGUCCACCAGAGGGGGGAACUCAGGCCAAGCAACAGUGAGAUCCAUCCCUGACCUUGGCCUGGAGGGAGGCAGGCUCCCAGCACUACUGUGGAGCCCAAGUCCAGGCCUAAUAAGUUGGGGGCACAUCUGAGCCUGGAACCAAGAAUGGCUGAGAGAGUGCAGAGAGGAGGAACAGUUUGGGGGAACUGGCAGCAAGUGAGAGGGACAGUGAGGGGGGCUCUUGGAGGGAGUGGGUAAGUGCCGAGGGUCUGUGAGGGGAGGUGUGUGUGUCCAGGCUGGAGUUGCCCCAGGGCCCUGUUGGAGGCUGCAGUAGGGAGUGUCAAGGACCUUUCAUCUGGCCCCAUUUCUGGUGCUUCUCAAUGUCUCUGCUUGGCCAGGGAAGAACUGACAUGACUAACCUAGGCCUACCCUGAAUGCUUGUUAAUCAGCCAGGGGCCACACAUUUGUUCCUUACCCCCGAAAAUGAGGUAGCACCCUGUUUGCCAGCAGCUUUUUGCCUAUGGAGAUGAGUCUGUCAGUCACAACUGUAUACUCAAGAUGUCCAGGCCUUUGGGGGCUGGUCUGUUUGCAUGUGUCAUGGCUGAUACAGUGGACUGAUGCGGGAGGGGUGCUGAGCUAGAGCUGGGAAGCCUAGUUAAGACUUUAGGAAGCCACUUUCAAUGCUUUCUGGAACAAAGCAGCUACGAUAAAUAAACAGGACUUUGGGAAGCA